UUUUUAUGCUGACUGUGCAGUUAGCCGCAGAAAUUGCUAGACGGCCGAGGUGUUCAAAAUAUCUACACACGUUCUUUAUUCUCUAUAGGUACCUACAAAUGGUACAGUAAACCUUUACAAAGCAAAGCAGUUUUUGUUCAAAUCAUUUUGAAUUCCUGACCCGCUUAGUUACUUUGCUACUGACUGUACAGUCGCCAUCAGAUACAACGGAGCGGCCGAGGUGCUCAUAAAUAUCUGAACACACAAGGUACUUAAACUAGAACCUUUGUACCAAAACUAUGUGUUACUUUUAUUUAAAGUUACAUGUUAAUGUUGUAUUUCUUCUACAAUAUUUUUAAUUAACGUAAAUUGUAAAAGACUUAAUUUCGAGGAAUGUUUUUUUUUGUAUCUACCUUUUAUGAUUCGAACGAUAGAGACACACAUAACCAAAUUUAAUUUCUACGAAGUAACCAAAGCUGUACCAUCUAUGAUUACCACUCUCCAUAGAAUCAUCGCCUGCGUCACUAUUACCUAACAACUUUCUAUGACACGCUUACUAGAUACCUCUAGCCGCUAGUCAUUUGUUUGUUAUCUAAACAUUCACUCGUCUCUAACCGGACAUUCUAAAUUUGAAAAUCGAAUUUAAAAUAACAACUUUGGUCUAUUUGAAAUUUUAUGUCGGUUGUUUAAAACAUUAUGUGUUCACAUCUUAAAGUAAUAUGGAAAAUAAUAAUGACAAAAAGGAAUUCAUUCGUUUAGGAUUUUUUUGAGUGUGUAACGUAUGUAACAUGUAGAAAAAAACCUGAACGGUAAAACCUAAGUGGACAAACUAAAUAAACCUGUGGUUAAUUUUUUUUAUUUAAAAACACAAGCUUUAAACAAAAUUUAGAGAAUAAAAAAAUAUAACGAUGUGGUUCUUUCUGUUACUAGUGUUGUGCUUAGUGUAUUCGUUAUGGCGUUUGCGGUACUUCUCAUCGAAUGGCGUGAAGACUCUGGUACCGGUCCCGUUUUUGGGGAAUUUGACGGCGGUUACAUUUGGACGAGAGAACUUUGUAGAGGUUAUUGAAGCUGGUUAUAAUAAUUUCAAAGAUCAGAGAUAUUUCGGCAUUUACCAAUACCACGUGCCUACCCUCGUACCUUGCGACCCGGAGCUCAUCCGCCGGAUCAUGGUGGCAGACUUCGCGGCCUUUAGCGACCGAGGAGUCCACAUCGACCAGGACUGCGACCCGCUGUUCGGAAGGAACCUCAUCAUGCUAAGAGGUUCAAGAUGGCGCACAAUGCGCGCGGCGCUGACCCCAGCGUUCUCCGCGUCGCGCUGUCGCAGCAUGGCGCCUCUCAUGGCGGUCUGUGCACGUAACUUACAUAUACAUCUGCGCGAGCGAGUGCGACAAGAUACAGAGCUAGAUGUCGAUGAGAUUUCUACGGCAUAUGUGAACGAUGUGAUCGCUUCAUGCGCGUUUGGAUUUGCGACGGACUCCCUCCAGGACCCGCACAACUGCAUCUUCCGGCUGGCGAAGCGAGCUGUUGUCCAGGAUACUACACAGAUCAUGAAGUUCUUCGGCUAUGAGAAUAUGAAGACAAUCAUGCAGUUGCUGAAAGUGAAAAUAAUAAAGUCCAGUGACGCCGAACAGUUCGGCGAGCUGUUUAAGUCCGCGCUGCGCGCGCGGCGCGGCGGAGCCACGCCGAGGCCGGACUUCAUACAGACGCUCGUGGACGCCGCCGGCAAAACGGCGUCAGGCGCUGAGAAUUUCGCCGACGACGACUUGGUCGCCCAGGCUGUCCUGUUCUAUAUUGCCGGCUACGACACGACGGCAAAUCUCAUCAAUUAUUUCCUCUAUGAAAUGGCUACCAACCCUACUACACAGGAAAAACUGCAGAGUGAAUUGGACCAGUUACCAGGGUCACAGGAGGACAAGGAAGCAUACGAUAAUGUCCAGGGGUUGGAAUACUUGGACAUGUGUGUCUGCGAGGUUCUGAGGUUGUGGCCCCUGGUCGGUGCCGCAGAUCGGCGCUCGGUUGCGCGCUACGACUUUGGCCCAAGCCAGCCCGAUGGAAAUACUCACUUUGUUGCAGAAGCGGGCGUGCACAUAUGGCUACCAGUAUAUUCCCUGCAUCGCGAUGCACGCUACUGGGUCGACCCUCACCAGUGCGAUCCGGAGCGCUUCUCCUCUACCAACAAGCACAAGAUUCUACCCUACACAUACAUGCCGUUUGGUACUGGGCCUAGACACUGCAUCGGGUCCCGUUUCGCGACAACAGCAGCAAAAGUGUUCCUGUCGCAGUUCCUACGGCACUACAGCGUCAGCGGCGGCUCAUCACGAAAACUUGACCCCAGGGCCUUCAUUCUGCGACCCAAAGACGGCUUCACUCUCACUGUUACUCCGAGGAACAACCACAUAUGAUUAUUAUUAUAUAUA